GUCUCCCUGAUUCUCCGUCCUCCCGCCAGUGAGUAAGUCAGUCAGUCAGCCAGUCAGUCCAAGUCAGUGAGCGAGUGAGCGACUGAGAAAGAAGUCUCCGUCGUCUGGUAGCCCUACUUGUACUAACUCCAACAACAACUACAGCAUCUGAGAUCUCAGACGAGACCCUUGAAAAAAUACUCGUUCGAUUUCUUAGUUUGCCGCAUCCUUCAUCAUCAUGGCCGUGAACGUGUACAACACCUCGGUGACCACGGAUAACUUGUCCAGACACGACAUGCUGGCUUGGGUGAACCAGUCCCUGGAUGCCCGAUUCAAUAAAAUUGAGGAGAUGUGCACUGGAGCCGCUUACUGUCAAUUCAUGGACAUGCUUUUCCCCAGUUCCAUCCAGAUUAAGAAGGUCAAGUUCAGGACGAACUUGGAGCACGAAUAUAUUCACAAUUUCAAGAUCCUUCAAGCUGGGUUCAAGCGAAUGAAUGUGGAUAAAAUCGUCCCUGUCGACAAGUUGGUUAAAGGGCGCUUCCAGGACAACUUUGAAUUCAUCCAAUGGUUCAAAAAGUUUUUUGAUGCCAAUUGGGAUGGGGCCGAAUACGAUGCCAGUGCCAUGCGUGGAGGCGAAGAGCUGGGCAUGGGUGGAGCACGGUCUUCCGGAAUUGCCCGAGCUGCUCCCCGCAAUGGAGCCCCACCCCCUCGAGCCGCUCCCAUUGCCAGAAAUGGAACCAGCGGAAUGGCCGGCCGGGCAACUGCCAGUAGUCGUCCCCCAGCGGCAUCGCGUGCUCCUGCGGGUGGUGUGAGUAGAGCAGCGGGUGGUUCACGAGUAGCAAGCGUCAACAGUCCUGAACUCAUGGCCCAGAUUGAAGACUUGAACGCCCAACUCAUGGAAAGCAAGUUGACGAUCGAGGGUCUUGAGAAAGAACGAGAUUUCUAUUUUGGCAAAUUACGUGACAUCGAGGUCAUUGGCCAGGAGUACGAAACUGUUGGUGGCGAAAUGAUUGCCCGGAUUCUAGGAGUGCUCUACGCCACUGAGGAUGGCUUUGCUGUUCCGGAAGAUGAGGAAGCCCCACCUCCUCCUGAGGAGGAGAUCUACUAACUUUGUCCAUUCGUCGUAACGCCAAAAAUAUGAACUUUGCUUUUCGUUAGAAAGAGCGAACCGAAAAGUGUCCAGAUUGAACUGCCUCAACCACAAAGAGAUCAGUCCGACGAACAGCAUGAAUCAUUAUAUUGCCAACCCCAACGCGCUUCAGAAGAAAUAAUAAGAUUUAAUCCUUCGCCCACCACUUGCGAAAUUUCGAAAGUAUUCGCGCUAAUUCUUACCGGCGAUGCUCCUCUUUCGCAACAUCUACCAAUUUUAUGCCUCUUUAAACGCUCAGGGCCUGAACCAACAACCACCCGUGGACUACACAUAGACUCGACCCGCGGGUCGUAUCAUCCCGGGUCAAUCGUUCAGGCGUCUGAAACAACUCACCGGUUUUUUUUCCUUUAACUCAGGCCGGACGAAGAGUUCUCGAUGAUAAACUAUGAUGCAUUUUUUGGACACAUUAUCCAGAAUAAAAAGAGUCUAUUUCUCUUACAUAA